GCACCGUCGCACCUGGGAGGCCCAAUUUAACAACACGGAAAUCACAGCUCCAAUAUCUGGGGCAUAGUCUCCUUGUCUCUACUUUCUCCUGCUUGGCCCCAACUCGUAUUAACGCCGGUUGGACGAAUAGGGAAUAACCCCCCACAAAAGUCUUGAAGUACCAGCGACAACCUGCAUGUUUACCUAUCCGACACUCAUCACCGGGUUGCCCCGCUCCACUAAGAUGUCGCAAAACGAGAAACUAGUCUUCUUCUUUGAUAUAGACAAUUGCCUCUAUCCCAAGAGCUACAAGAUUCAACACUUGAUGUCAGACCUUAUAGACAAAUACUUCCAAAAUCAUCUAUCACUGUCACAAGAGGAGGCAAACGAUUUACACCUCAAGUACUACCGCGAGUAUGGCCUUGCCAUUGAAGGUCUUGUCCGCCACCACAAGGUCGAUCCCCUGGAAUACAACGCUAAAGUAGACGACGCGCUACCACUGGAGGAUAUCAUCAAGCCCAAUACAGAACUACGGAAGCUACUCGAGGACAUUGACAAGAGCAAGGUAAAGAUGUGGCUUUUUACGAAUGCAUAUGUCACGCACGGCAAGAAGGUGGUAAAAUUGCUGGAGGUUGAUGACUUAUUCGAAGGCAUGACUUACUGCGACUAUGGCUCCGAGAAAUUCUAUUGCAAACCGCAUGUCGAGAUGUUCGACAAAGCGAUGGAACAAGCAGGAGUGAAGUCGAACGAGAACUGUUACUUCGUUGAUGAUUCUUUCAUCAACACAAAAGCGGCACAGGAACGGGGCUGGCAUACAGCCCACCUACUAGAUCCAGAGGACCCUGAGCCGUCAACACGUGCUGCAAAGCAUCAGAUUAGAAGCUUGGAGGAGUUGCGCACCAUCUUCCCCCAUUUGUUCAAGAGCAAAUCGACUACGAAUGGAACAGCAUAGGCGACCUUAGUCAUCUCACGAUUUGAUGAGGUGCGGCAUUUUGUAGAAGACUUGGAUCUACAUCUCUGUGUAUAGGCUUGAUAGAAUGUUAGAUUUCACCAACUUUCCAAAGCACACGUUUCAU